AUGAAGAAUUUCAGUUUCAUUUUAGCCCUGUUCCCGAGUUUACUACUUGUUGAUCCGUUUGCCAUCAACCCUAAAGCAUUCGGCCCUCUUUCGAGUUCCAAUUCGUUGAAGAGAUGCAAGUUUGAUAAAAUCUAUCAACUUGGAGAUUCAAUUUCAGACACUGGAAAUCUUGUCAUUGAGAGUCCAUACGGAAGUGGGUUCUUGUUCAAUCAAUUACCUUAUGGAGAAACCUUAGGUAAUCCUACAGGACGCUGUUCUAAUGGACUCCUAAUGAUCGACUACUUUGCAUCGUCCGCCGGUUUUCCGUACCUGAAUCCUUACCAGAAAGUUGGUUCAGAUUUCAGCAAAGGAGUAAACUUUGCUGUUGCCGGUGCUACCGUCUUGUCAUCAGAGGCCUUAAUGGCUAAAGGAACAGUGUCAAGAGAUGGUGAACAUUCACUCUUUAUGGUUGGAGAGAUUGGCGGUAAUGAUUACAAUUACGCGCUUCUCGGAGGUAAAAGGGUAGAAGAUUUGAACAAUUUGAUCUCAGAUGUUGUUCAUAGCACAGCUGAAGCAGUUAGGAAAGUGAUCAGUUUCGGAGCUACUAAAAUCUUUGUUCCUGGAAAUUUCCGGAUUGGUUGCCAUCCAAUUUAUCUCAGCAUCUUUCAAACAAAUGACUCGACAUCAUAUGAUUCGAAUGAGUGUUUGACCUACUUGAAUGAGUUUGCCGCUUCUCACAACGAAGCUCUACAAAAAGCCAUCGAACAACUGAGGACAGAGUACCCGACCACUUCGAUUGUUUAUGGAGAUUACUACAAUGCCUAUUUGUCACUUUUGCUUGGUGCAGAAAAGUUCGGGUUCCAACAAACACUGAGAGCUUGCUGUGGAAGUGGCGGGAAGCACAAUUUUUCGAUUCAUAAACUAUGCGGGAUGAAAGGAGUUACUACUGCUUGUCCAAAUCCAGAUACUCAUACAAGUUAG